AUUUACAAAAAUCUAGACGUACGAUUGACAGUUGUGACAGCAGACAGCAUAUCAUUGAUUUUGACGUGAAACUUCUAUGGUCAACAGUGAUUUUAGUUAUUUGUUAAUGUUUAUACUCACCAAAAUAAUAUAAUGGAAUCUAGUGAAAUGCUGGAGGACAAAGACAGUGGCCCGGAGGUCCAGAUCAACUUCCCGAGCUCGGUGAUGAGCCGCAUUGAGGAGUUAAUGGGAGGCACGGAGCAAUUCGACAGCGAUGAUUUUGAUGCAGUGGCAUACAUCAACCGAGUGUUUCCUACAGAGCAGUCCCUCUCUGGAGUGGAGAGUGCGGUUGCCAAGUGUGAGUUCCAUCUCUCUGGUGUGGAGCAUGACAUCCGGCGUCUAGUGAGGGCCCAGGCUGACCAGAGGGAGGCGGGACAGAAGGCUCUCACCGAGGCACAGCAGUGCAUGGCCGAGUUGGCUUUACAGGUAUGUGACAUAAACAAAAAAGCCGAACGUAGCGAAGUGAUGGUGCGCGAGAUUACCUGCGAGAUCAAGCAGCUGGACUGCGCCAAAUCGAACCUGACGGCGGCCAUCACCGCGCUCAACCAUCUGCACAUGCUGGUGGGAGGCGUGUCAGCGCUAAGGGCCAUGACGCGAGAUAGACACUACAGUGAGAUCGCGCUACCCAUGCAGGCUAUUAUGGAGGUGCUGCAGCAUUUCGAAGGCUACCGCGACAUCCGCGAGCUGAGCGCGCUUCGGGACCAGGUGUACGCGAUACGGAACGACCUCGCGCAGCAGAUACUGGCUGACUUCAAACAGGCUUUCACUAGUGGCAGCAAAUCUACAGUAUCGCACCGGACACUGUCAGAGGCAUGCAGCGUGGUGGAUAUUCUGGACCCAAAGGUCAAACAGGACCUGCUCAAGUGGUUCAUCAACAUGCAAUUACAGGAAUACCAGCACCUGUUCUCGGCGGAGCAGGAGUGUGCGUGGAUCUCCCACGUGGAGCGGCGCUACGCGUGGCUCAAGAAGCACCUGCUCGCGUUCGAGGACAGCCUCGCCAACCUGUUCCCGCACCAGUGGGCGCUCAGCGAGAACAUUGCACUGCAGUUCUGUAAGAUCACUCGCACGGAACUGAGCAACAUAAUGGCGUCGCGUCGGAACGAGUUGGACGUUAAGCUUCUAUUGUACGCGAUACAAAACACGUACAACUUCGAACUACUACUGCAUAAGAGAUUUACAGGCACAGACUUGCGUACCGACAACGUAGAUAUGAAUAUCAAGCAGAACUUAGAAACAGAUAACAAAGAUACGGCAGUAGAAGGCGAGGUGGCGCCGUCAGCGGUGGGUCCGGGCGGCGGCUCGUGGGUCGGACUCAUCGGCGGCUGCUUCGAGCCGUACCUGUCGCUCUACAUCAACAGCCUCGACGCCAACCUGCGCUCGCUCAUCGAUAGAUUUGUACAGGACGCGAAGUCUUCAGGUCAGGAGUCGGCGGGUCCCAGUGCGAGCGGCGAGGGCGCGGUCAUCUCGAGCUGCGCCGACCUGUUCCUGUUCUACAAGAAGUGCCUCGUGCAGUGCGCCCGACUCACCACCGGGGAACCCAUGCUCGAGUUGGCAGGAGUAUUCCAGAAGUAUUUACGGGAGUACGCGAGUUAUGUCCUGCAGGCGGCUCUGCCGGGCGGUGCGGGAGGUGCAGGAGGUGGGCUCGCGUCCACCGUCCCCAGCCUCGUUACUAACCUACACACGCUGCUGAGAGACGAUGCUGGAGACUCCAGGUACUCAAAACAAGAAAUCUCAAAGAUCACCAGCGUGAUCACCACCUCCGAAUACUGCUUGGAGACUACCAUACACCUGGAACAGAAGCUGAAGGAGAAGGUGGCGCCAGCACUCGCCGACAAAAUAGACCUGGUUCCAGAACAAGACCUGUUCCACAAGCUGAUCAGCAACUGCAUUCAAAUGCUCGUGCAAGACCUGGAGAUAGCCUGCGAGCCGGCCCUGCAGACAAUGACCAAGAUAUCCUGGCUGAACUUCGAUAACGUCGGAGACCAGAGCUCGUACGUCACGCAAAUCAUCAUGCACCUCAAGAAUACAGUACCUAACCUUCGGGAUAACCUGUCCUCUUCGAGAAAGUACUUCACGCAAUUCUGCAUUCGGUUUGCUAAUUCGUUUAUACCGAAGUUUAUACAAAAUAUAUACAAGUGUAAGCCAAUAUCAACUGUUGGGUCUGAACAGCUUCUCCUGGACACACAUAUGCUAAAGACUGCGUUACUCGAACUGCCUUCUCUUGGCUCCGAGGUUAAGAGACCAGCUCCAGCAAUGUAUACAAAGGUAGUUGUGAAACUAAUGUCAAAGGCUGAGAUGAUCCUCAAGUUGGUGAUGGCUCCACUGGAUGGGAACCUUGAGGGCUUCAUUUCCCAGUUUGUGCAGCUGCUUCCUGAGUGCACCAUAGCGGAGUUCCACAAAGUGCUGGACAUGAAGGGAGCCAAGUUCUCGAAAGCCCAGAUGAGUAAUCUGGAUGCGAUUUUCAAAGAAACUAGUAAGUCUAGUAGUGAACCGAAAUAAUCUAGACAAGAGAUUUUUAGGUUUUUUAUGCGAAUGUAUUUUUAUACGACCUAAGUGAUGAGAUAAGUGGAUGCCUCGUCUGAUGCGCCUGAGUACCUUAGGGGCCGUUCAAGUAUUACGUAACGCAAUUUUUGAAGAUAUUACCCCCCCAUCCCCAUCCCCACAUGUAACGCGUCGUAACGUUUUCCUGUACGCCUCCGCUUCCCAUCCAGAAUUUAUGUAACUCUAAAAGACAAUUUUUUUUUAUCACAAUUCACGCAAAUACCGAAAAGCCGCUAAAAUACCUUUUUUAUUGUUUUAAAAUAAAAAAAACAAUGUGACAUAACGCUUUGUACGAAACCCCCCUCCCGCCCCUGUAACGCAUCGUAACGUUUUACAAGACCCCCGCAUCCCCCCAAAUUGCGUUACGUAAUACUUGAACGGCCCCUUAUAGGACAACUUGUGCCUGUUACGUCUCAUACCCAAUAAUCACACUGGCAACGCGGUAUUGUAUAUGGUUGUUUGGGGCAGAAAUAUAUAAAGCAUGGACCAUACAGACUUAUUCUCGCUUACGAGAGAUCUACCUAGUAUAAUUUAAAACACAAUAGAAGUGUGUAAAUUCGUUAUCUAUAAAGGAUGUUUCGUCUAUAAUGUUAUUUGUUGAAGGUAAUGCACAGUCUAAUAAAGUGGGGUCCCAUUACUUCAGUCAAACUUAAUACUACAUUAGGUUUCCAGUUAUGGCUAUAUCCUAUAUAGGUAACAGCUAUUUCCUAUCUUUGUAUACUGAAGUUAGUUGCGAAUUUUGCUAUUCUAGUACCAAUAGAUAACAGGUGGGGCGGCUAACUUCACACUAUCAUUUUUGAUUUAUCAUAUGUUUGUUAGAAAUAGAUACAAUGGGUUUCGAUAAUUUAAAGGCUAGAAGGAUUAUACUAAAUAAUCAUCGCUUAUCACAAUAUAAUUUAUUAAUAGGCAGUAGGCCCUACUGACAUGAAGAUCUGGGUUCAGUCAGUUCAAAAUGUGAAUAACUUUUUAUUGUAUUGUAGUGUAUUGAAAGGUAUACCGCAUGAUUUCUAUAAUGCAUUAAAUUCUAUCAUAGUAUUUUAAAUGCAAUUUUUAAGUGAUUUCUUACUUCUUUUAAAUUAAAUUUUGUUAUAUCCAAAUUGCAACAAUAUAAAUAUUCUCAGAAACCUAUUUAAUUUAGAUUUAGAUACAUUAUGAAGUGUAUUUCGCAAAUAUAAAUAUAGUUGUGAUGGCUAUUCUAAUUUUCCUUACACUUUAUGUGUUUGGGAACUCUGUUGGUAUACAUUUUUUAACCGAUACAGGUAUAUUAUUUUUAGACAUAACGUUUCGUGCUAAUAAUAAGUCAGUAUUUUGAAUAAUUAUUUGUAUGUUUGUUAAUAAUAUAUAAUUUAUACAUUCCAUUUGAAAAAAUCGUUUUAGUUUCAUCCGAGUGUGUGACACUGAAAUAAAUUAUUAUUCAAACAGUA